UUCAAAACCCAAAAAUCAAACAAAAUAUUAAAAAUUGAGAGAGAGAGCUGCAAGAACAACAAGAUGAGUAGCAGCAAGACGGCAGACGAAAAGGAAUUAUUAGAAGAUAUUGAGAAUAUUUUCAAUCGGUUUGAUGUAAACGGAGAUGGCAAAAUUUCAUUAUCCGAUUUAUCAGAUGUAUAUAAAGAACUUGGAGAUGAAAUGACACCAGAAGUGUUGAAAAAAAUGAUGGAUGAUAUUGAUACAGAUGGUGAUGGAUUUAUAAAUUUGAAAGAGUUUAUUGAAUAUCAUCGUAAUACUGACGGGACUAUUGUUUUUGAAGAUAGAGAAAUAAGGUUUGCGUUUGGGAUGUAUGAUAUAGAUAAAAAUGGUUUGAUAUCUCCUGAAGAAUUACAACAAGGCUUAGGUUAUUCUGCUGAUGAUUGUGCAAGAAUUAUUAGUGCUCUUGAUACUGAUGGUAAUAUUAAUUUUGAAGAGUUUAAGAAGAUGAUGCAAAAAGAUAUUGAAUGAUUAUUUUUCUUCUUGUUUAAUCUUACUUUCAAGGAUUAUAGUGGUUGUACUGUACGUGUUUUAAUGUUUUGUUUGACUUUGAUUUUCAUGGGCUCAAGGUUCUUAAUUUUUGAUUAAUUGAAUUUCCUAUGUCUAAA